CUUGUCGCGUGGUCCUCCGCAUCUUCGUGUGAGAAGUAUAAGUACGCACCGGCCCAUGGCCACGCUGUCGGAGCCACCAGGGUUUCAGGCAGUCUUCUCGUUACACUUCGAACCCCAGCAACGCGAAAGCUACCAUCAAAGAUGAUGAAACUUCAAUACCCAUAUAUCUGGGCUUUUUGCGCUUUCGCUGCACUCGGUGCGUGUCAAUAUGGCUAUGAUGGUGUGUACUUCUCGGGUAUCCAAGCCAUGUCAACGUUCAUACGGCACUUCGGCGACAGGCAACCCGAUGGUAGCUAUGCAAUCUCGGCGUCCGACCUCUCGAUCAUGAGUUCAAUGAUCAAUGUUGGGGAGUUGGUUGGCUCUCUCGGUGCUGCUCCCAUAAACGACUUCUUUGGCCGUAAGGGGGCAUUUCUCAUCGCUGCUAUCGUGGCGAUUGUCGGAACAGUACUGCAGACAAUCACAGAUCACGACAAAGGGGUUAUCAUUGGUGGGCGAGUCAUCCUAGGCUUGGGAGUUGGCAUCUUCUCGUCGACGAGUCCGCUAUACAUCGGUGAAAUCGCUCCCACUGCUAUCCGAGGUCCUCUCCUUGGCUGCUGGCAGCUCGUUCUCUCCGUAUCUCAGAUCAUUGCAGCCGUCAUCAAUCGAGGCACCGAAUCACUUACCACCACGGCUUCCUACCGUGUACCAACCGCUGUUCAGCUCAUCUUCCCGAUUCUCAGUCUCACCUUCCUCUACUGGGUACCUGAGUCUCCUCGCUGGCUCCUUCGCCGCGAGAAGACUGAGCGUUGCGAUGCAGCAUUGCGGCUCCUCCGCAAAGACGACAAGACCUACGAGCCUGACGUCGACAUGAUCACCAUCCGUGCCAGUAUCGAGCACGAAGCCGAGCUAUCCGCGGACUCAAAGUGGAUGGACUUGUUGACUGAUCCAAUCGAACGGCGCAAGGUCAUCUUCAGCGCCGGAGCACUUGUCGCGCAGCAGAUCAACGGAAUCCAAUGGUUCUACUACUUCGGUACCGUGUUCAGCCAGGCCAUCGGUCUCGAAGACCCCUUCCUUAUGACGAUAAUUGUUUUCGUCAUCCAAGUCGUCACUGUGUUCGCAGCUGUGCUCUGCGCCAACAAGAUCCCGCGCCGCCCGCUUCUGUUGUCAACGACGCUGGUCAUGAUGGCCAGUAUAUUUAUCGUAGGCUGCCUGGGUAUUCCCGGAGGCCAAGUGAGUGGGACGAGCGGCAAGGUUAUCAUUUCCUUCGUCAUCAUCGAGAUCACUGCUUUCAACUUCGCUUGGGGACCUCUGGGUUGGACAAUCGCCUCCGAAAUGGCUGUGGGCAGGAACCGCAACAAAAUCUACGCCAUUGCCGUCGCGUGUUUCUGGAUCACGGUUUGGGUCACUGUCUUCACGCUGCCAUACCUCUACUACUCAGCGAAUCUGGGUCCGAAGACAGGGUUCGUGUACACAGGUCUGUGCUUCAUCACGCUAGCCUAUGUGUGGUUCUGUGUUGGAGAGGUGACCGGGCGAAGUAUGGAAGAAAUUGAGGGAUUUUUUCGGGACGGUGUGCCCGCGCGGCAAUGGAGCAGGCAGCCGAAGACGAUCGGCUUUGGCGAAGACGUGCAGGUCGAGAUCAACGACAAGGAAAAGGCGAUGCUACGGUCGCAGCAGGAGAGGAAUGAAGUUUAGGGGCGGGACACCUCUUAUCGUAUUUAUCCAUGCAGCUGAGGCCUCUUGUGACAUAUAUAAUCUUUUGUG